UUGAACAUUUACACGCGCAAAAUUAAUCACUGAAACAUUCAAAUUGAAUACAAUUAGUAUUCACAAUGUCUUAUCGUCAAUAUUUAUUAGUAGCUAUGUUACAAACCAUUGUAUUCUUAUUCAUUGUUGUACAAAAUGUUCGAGGUUCUGGUUUAUUCUCAGACGAUGAUAUUCUUACAACCAGAAAACCGACUACAACUAAGAGUUCAGCAAAUUGCUUGGAAGUAUCCUGGAUAGCCCUUUCAUCUACUAUGAUGAUAGUUUUUGUAUUGGUCAAUAACUAUCUGAAAGAAAGAUCCAUCUUUUAGAAUACAACACGUAUUGUUGGUUGAUAAAGGAAAAUUAUCUUAUAUAUAUACUAUAUUUCUAGUAUUCUUUGAAAUAAUAAUACAGAAAUAUAUAUUUGGUGUGU